AUGGGUGUUCCAUCAUUUUUUAGAUGGCUUUCUAGAAAAUACCCAAAGAUUAUAUCUCCAGUGCUAGAAGAGACACCACAAGUUAUCGAUGGUGUCACUUUACCAUUAGAUUAUUCGGCACCAAAUCCAAAUGGUGAAUUGGAUAACUUAUACCUGGACAUGAACGGUAUUGUUCAUCCAUGUUCUCAUCCUGAAAAUAGACCACCACCGGAGACGGAAGACGAAAUGUUAUUGGCCGUUUUCGAAUAUACCAAUAGAGUUCUUAAUAUGGCAAGACCAAGGAAAGUGUUAGUCAUGGCAGUCGAUGGUGUGGCUCCUCGUGCUAAAAUGAAUCAACAACGUGCUCGUAGAUUUAGAAGUGCUAGGGAUGCAGCUAUCGAAAAUGAAGCUCGUGAGGAAAUAUUACGUCAAAAAGAGGAAAUCGGUGAAGUCAUUGAUGAAGCUGUGAAAAAUAAAAAGACUUGGGAUUCCAAUGCAAUUACUCCAGGGACCCCCUUUAUGGAUAAAUUGGCUGCAUCGUUAAGAUACUGGACAGCAUUCAAAUUGGCCACGGACCCAGGUUGGAAAAAUUUACAAAUCAUUAUUAGUGAUGCCACGGUCCCAGGUGAAGGUGAACAUAAAAUUAUGAAUUUCAUUAGAUCGCAAAGAGCUGAUCCUGAAUAUAACCCUAACACUACACAUUGUAUUUAUGGGUUGGAUGCAGAUUUGAUUUUCUUGGGGUUAGCAACACACGAACCUCAUUUUAGAAUCUUAAGAGAAGAUGUAUUUGCUCAAAAUAAUAAUAAGAGACGUAAUUUUGAUGAUACUUUGAAUAUGUCAGAAGAAGAGAAACAACUACUUUUGGCUAAGGAUUCGGAGAAGCCAUUUCUUUGGUUACAUAUUAAUGUGCUUAGGGAAUAUUUGGGUGCUGAAUUAUUUAUUCCGAGACUUUCGUUCCCAUUUGACCUUGAGAGAGCUAUCGAUGAUUGGGUUUUUAUGUGUUUCUUUUGUGGUAAUGAUUUCUUACCUCAUCUACCCAGUCUCGAUGUUAGAGAAAAUAGUAUUGAUAUUCUUUUAGAUAUUUGGAAAAUUGUCUUGCCAAAUUUGAAAACAUAUAUGACAUGUGAUGGGGAAUUGAAUUUGGAAUCUGUAGAAAUGCUUCUGCAACAACUUGGUUCUCGUGAAGGUGAUAUCUUUAAAUCAAGACACAUUCAAGAAGUUAGGAAACAAGAAGCUUAUCAAAGAAAAAAACUACAAAAAAAUGGCAAGUUUUCUAAUGGUCAAGACAGACAUCCUACCACGCCGAAUGAACAACUACAAAUGUAUGAUACUAAUGGUGAAUUAGCAAAGGGUUCAUGGAAUUUGACUACCCACGACAUGGUGAGAUUAAAGAAACAGUUGAUGCUCGCUAAUGAGGGUGACGUAGAUGCCAUUGCUGUUAUCAAAGCUGAAAGUGAAAAGAAUGAUAAACUAAUGAAAGAAAUAACUGAAGAACAAAUGGAUAAGGUUGUACAGGAAGCCAAUAAAUCUAAUUUUACUGCUGCCGAAAUAAUGAAGAAAAAAUUACAGGCUAGAAAGCAUCAAUUGGAAGAAGAAGAAAAAGCUGAAGCUGAAAAGGAUGUGGUAACCAAAAAACCACUUACUGAAGAGAAACAUUUGAGUGAAGAGCUUACAAAUGAAAUUGAAAAUGACGUUGAAGAUGAAGAUGCCGAAGAAAGCAAGACUACAUCAGAAAAUGAAUCAGUACCUGCCGUGUCUCUUGGACCAGUGAAGAGUGGUGUGAUAGACACUGAUGAAGCUGUGAAACUAUAUGAACCUGGAUUUAGAGAAAGGUAUUACAAAGCCAAAUGUUACGUUUCUGAUGCUGAAAUUGAACCAUUAAGGAAGGGAAUGGUGAGAUCAUAUGUAGAAGGUGUCUCUUGGGUCUUACUUUACUAUUAUCAAGGCUGUGCCUCUUGGGAUUGGUAUUAUCCAUACCAUUACGCACCAUUUGCAUCAGAUUUCUUUGAUAUUACUAACAUUAAAGUGGAAUUUGAGCUGGGUAAACCAUUUUUACCAUAUGAGCAAUUAAUGAGUGUGUUACCAGCCGCAUCAGGACAUACGCUUCCAGCCAUUUUCAGGCCAUUAAUGAGUGAGCCAGAUUCUCCAAUCAUUGAUUUCUAUCCAACGGAAUUCCCCAUUGAUAUGAAUGGUAAGAAAAUGUCCUGGCAAGGUAUUAGUUUAUUACCAUUUAUUGACGAAAAGAGACUGCUCGAGACUGUACGUGAUCAAUAUCCUAAACUAACCCCAGCAGAAAGAUCAAGAAAUGUUUGUAAUGAUCCUGUACUGUUAAUCAGUAAUAAGAAUGCCAAUUUUGAAAGAUUCACUAAGAAGUUCUACAAGACAGAAAAUGAAGAUGAAGUUUCUGAAUUUACAUUCCAUCAUUUCAAGAGUGGAUUAAGCGGGGUAGUAAGUGCAGACAAGGAGGGGUUUAAAUUAGGAUCUAAGAUUGUGUCGCCUGUUCAAGGAGGUGGUCUCCCGGAUUUAUCUACUAAUUUACUGUUGAAAUUAUGUUAUAAAUUGGUUCCCUUACCAUCAAGAAACAAAUCGAUUAUUCUUAACGGAUAUAUCCCAUCGGAACAAGUUCUAGAUGCCUACGAUUUGGAUUCUGUGAUGUACAAGUACAACAAUAAUGGACGUAACCGUUGGAAUUUUGGUAAUGACAUGAAGCAAAAUAAGGCACCUGUGGGACCACAAGGAACGACACAAUAUAAGCCGAGAGUAGGUGGAUAUAGAGCCUUUUUCUUUUUCGGUCAACAAAACAUUUCCAACAUGAACAAUGGUUACCAGAAUGGUGGUAAUAAUGCCAACCAGAACCAGUAUCAUAACCAACAAAAUAGAUAUAAUAGCGGAGGAAGAGGCAAUUACCAAUCUAAUAGCAGAGGAAGCUAUCAAGGAGGAAGUAGAUAUGGAGGCAAUAACUAUCAGCAGCAGCGCUCAGGAUCUUCUGGAAGUAGAUACAGUGGUACUACUGGGAACCGUCCAAAUAACAGAUACCAAGGGGGACCACCACGUCGUUAA